GAGCCUCCCGGCCUGUCCGGCCUGCCCUGCCGCUGGGGCCUACGCGACCGCGGCGAGAGUGCGGGGAGGAGGCCGUGCGAUUCUCGCCCUGGGAGGCAAGGGGCGCGGGCCGGGCACCGCUGGGGGGACGGCCGAAGACUUAGGGGCCCCUUGAACGGAGGCUGCGGGCUUCGCGGGCAGCCACCAUGUUCAACCAGCAGCAGCAGCAGCAGCUCCAGCAGUUCCAGCAGCAGCAGCAGCAGCUUCAGCAGCAACAGCUUCAGCAGCAGCAGCUGCAACAGCAGCAGUUGCUGCAGCUCCAGCAGCUGCUCCAGCAGUCCCCUCCGCAGGCUCCUCUGCCCAUGGCCGUCAGCCGGGGGCUCCCCCAGCAGCAACCACAGCAGCAGCUCCUGAAUCUCCAGGGCACCAGCUCCGCCUCCCUCCUCAACGGCUCUGUGCUGCAGAGAGCUUUGCUUCUGCAGCAGUUGCAAGGACUGGACCAGUUUGCAAUGCCACCAGCGACAUAUGAGAGUGCCGGUCUCACUGUGCCCACGGCAACAUUGGGUAACCUGCGCAGCUACAACCUGGCCGCCCCCAACCUGCCAGCCCCCAGCCUCACCCCCCCGCAGCUGGCUCCCCCAAAUCUGCAGCAGUUCUUUCCCCAGGCCACUCGGCAGUCCCUGCUGGGCCCUCCUCCUGUCGGGGUCCCCAUGAACCCCUCCCAGCUCAACCUUUCAGGGCGGAACCCCCAGAAACAGGCCCGGACCUCCUCCUCCACCACCCCCAAUCGCAAGGAUUCUUUUUCCCAGACAGUUCCUGUGGAGGGCAGAUCGGACCCCCCAGAGGGGUCUGAAGAAGCUGCAGAGCCCCGAACUGAUACACCCAAAGACCAAGAUGCUCCCUGCUGCCCUGACAGCAUCACUAAGGAGAAAUGCACCCCAGCACCUGAGCCUGAGUCUCGUGAGGCAUCUGAGCCACCAGCUAAAAAGUCCAAGAGCUCAGAGGAGCCCACAGAGAAGGGUCCCCCAGGGCAACUGCAGGCAAAGGUCCAGCUACAGACCCGGAUGACACAGACCCCUGAGCUGCUGCCUGAGCCCCUGGAAGCCCGAGUGCUGCCGCCAUUUCAGCCACGGGUUCUGCAAAUCCAAGCCCAGGUGCAGCCGCAGACCCAGCCACAGGCGCUACCGUUGAGUGCCCAGGUGCAGCCAAAGCUGCAGAAGCAGGCCCAGACACAGACCUCUCCAGAGCACUUAAGGCCGCAGCAGGUGCAGCUGCAGCUGCAGAAGGAGGCAGAGCCACAGAAACAGGUGCAGCCGCAGGUGCAUUCACAGUCCCCAAGGCAGGCACAGCCGGAACCGCAGAAGCAGGCACAGACACAGACAUCUCCGCAGAUCCCAACAGAAGAACAGCUAAGGAUCCGGCCACUGGAGCAGCCGCCAGAGCAAGCUCUAGUGCAGUUGCCAGUGCAGCCACCAGAGCCGGCCCAGAGACAUUCUCAGACCCAGCCACAGGUAUCGGUGCCGCCAUCAGAUAAAGCACCGGUUCCGGUUCACUCCACAGUGCUGGACACACCGCCCGAGAUGGUAGAAGCUGGAGCAGGCCUGGAGGAUGCCUCACCAGAGCCAGUGGGUGCCCAGGUCAGCGUGGAGGAGAGCCAGGCGGAGUUGACCGGUGGCCUGGAUGUGGGAGAAUGUGAAAAAAGAGCAAGAGAGAUGCUGGGGGUGUGGGGUGCCGGGGGCUCCCUGAAGGUCACCAUUCUGCAGAGCAGUGACAGCCGGGCCUUCAGCACUGUACCCCUCACCCCCGGGCCCCGGGCCAGCGACUCCACCUCGGCCACCCCUGCCGUAGCCAGCACGGCCUCUAAGCAGGCCCUUCAGUUCUUCUGCUACAUCUGCAAAGCCAACUGCAGCAGCCAGCAGGAGUUCCAGGACCACAUGUCGGGGGCCCAGCACCAGCAGCGGCUCGGAGAGAUCCAGCACAUGAGCCAAGCCUGCCUCCUGUCCCUGCUGCCUGUGCCCCGGGACGUCCUGGAGAGAGAAGACGAAGAGCCUCCGCCGAGGCGCUGGUGCAACACCUGCCAGCUCUACUACGUGGGGGACCUGAUCCAGCACCGCAGGACGCAGGACCACAAGAUCGCCAAACAGUCCCUGCGACCUUUCUGCACUGUUUGCAACCGCUACUUUAAGACCCCCCGCAAGUUUGUGGAACAUGUGAAGUCCCAGGGGCAUAAGGACAAAGCAAAGGAGCUGAAGAUGCUGGAGAAGGAGAUAGCUGGCCAAGACGAGGACCACUUCAUCACAGUGGACGCCGUGGGCUGCUUCGAGGGCGAUGAGGACGAGGAGGAGGAAGAUGAUGACGAAGACGACAUCGAGGUCGAGGAGGAAUUCUGCAAGCAGGUGAGAUCCCGAGAUAUCUCCAUAGAGGAGUGGAAAGGCUCGGAGACCUACAGUCCCAACACCGCAUAUGGUGUGGACUUCCUGGUACCCGUGAUGGGCUACAUCUGCCGCAUUUGCCACAAAUUCUACCACAGCAACUCGGGGGCCCAGCUUUCCCACUGCAAGUCCUUGGCCCACUUUGAGAACCUGCAGAAAUACAAGAAGGCCAAGAACCCCAGCCCCACCACCAGGCCCGUGAGCCGCCGGUGUGCCAUCAAUGCCCGCAACGCCCUGACUGCUCUGUUCACCUCCAGCGGCCGCACACCCACCCAGGACACAGCCAAAACCCCCAGCAAGGUGACAGCCCAACCCCCUCAGCCCCCACUACCCCGACGCUCGAGCCGCCUCAAAACCUGAUGGAGGGGGCGCCCCACACCCACCCCGUCUGGGUCCAGAUCUGCUAAGCUUCUUAGGAAUCUGUGUGGAGACUUUGACAUGGUGUUUUACUCAAAAUCAAAUAAAAAAAGGUAGUUUGGGA